GAGAGAGAGCAGAACCUCUCUAUAUCUCCACACAAAUACACUCAGACAGGAUUUGUCCUCAUCUCAGUGAUAUAUGUCGUGCUGCAUAUGUUUAUUUACCUGCGAGAAGCAGAUCUGAGCAGUUCUGAGGAACUUUUGACACUUGGAGCUCUUUUGCGCAGGGGCGCGCGCAUUCAACGCACUCAUCUCAACUCCUGCAGGAGGAUUUUACAGCUGCACUAGAGUUUUCUUCACUCUUCUGCAUGAAUCUCUUCGACUCCUACCUGAAAAUGAGCGACGAGCAGGACAAGAGUCUCUCCGACGCGCCCAGCCCGAGCAUGUCCGAGGAUUCCGCCGGGUCUCCGUGUCCCUCCGGAUCUGGGUCGGACAGCGAGAACACCCGAGCGGAGCAGCACCUGAGAGAGUUUAAAAAGGACGAGGAGGACAAGUUCCCCGUGUGUAUCAGAGACGCGGUGUCGCAGGUUCUGAAGGGGUAUGACUGGACCCUGGUUCCCAUGCCUGUCCGAGUCAACGGCUCCAGUAAGAGCAAACCGCACGUGAAGAGACCCAUGAACGCGUUCAUGGUUUGGGCUCAAGCCGCGCGCAGGAAACUGGCGGAUCAGUAUCCGCACCUACACAACGCCGAGCUCAGCAAAACCCUCGGGAAACUCUGGAGACUACUGAAUGAGGGAGAGAAGCGUCCGUUUGUGGAGGAGGCCGAGCGUCUGAGGGUCCAGCACAAGAAAGACCACCCUGACUACAAGUACCAGCCCAGGCGGAGAAAAUCCGUCAAGAACGGCCAAACCGAAGCCGAGGACGGCGAGCAGACCCACAUCUCUCCCAACGCCAUAUUCAAAGCCCUGCAGCAGGCCGACUCUCCCGCGUCCAGCAUGGGUGAAGUGCACUCCCCCGGAGACCACUCAGGUCAGUCCCAAGGUCCCCCCACACCUCCCACAACCCCCAAAACAGACCUGCCAUCCAGCAAAGCAGACCUGAAGCGCGAAGGCCGUCCGCUGCAGGAGGGCAUCGACUUUGGGGCCGUUGAUAUCGGUGAGCUGAGCAGUGACGUCAUCUCCAACAUGGAGCCUUUCGACGUCAACGAGUUUGACCAGUACCUGCCUCCUCACGGGCACCCAGGGAUCCCGGCCUCCAACAGCGCGCAGGCGUACUCCGCCGGCUACGGGCUCAGCACUCAGGCCGGAGGGGCCGCGGCCCACGGCUGGAUGUCCAAACAGCACUCGUUGAGCACAAUGGCCAACGGCGGUGAGCAGAGCCAAGGCCAGCAGAGAACGCAGAUCAAGACAGAGCAGCUGAGUCCCAGCCACUACAGUGAGCGGCAGGGUUCCCCACAGCACGUCACCUACGGCUCCUUCAACCUGCAGCACUACAGCACCUCCUACCCCUCCAUCGGCCGCACGCAGUACGAGUACGCCGAGCACCAGAGUCCUGCCAACUCCUACUACAGCCACACCACGGGCCAGUAUCCCGCUUUCAGCUACAUGAGCCCCAGCCAGAGGCCCAUGUACACUCCUAUUGCCGACACGACAGGCGUCCCGUCCGUGCCGCCGGCGCACAGCCCGCAGCACUGGGAGCAGCAGCCGGUCUACACCCAGCUGUCCCGGCCGUGAGAGACUAAACGGCCGUCUAGAGACGCUCUCGUAGCCGGAGGGAAGACGCUGGAGUUCUUUUAAAGUACUGAAACUAACGGAAUGGCUCCCAACUGUGCCUUUUUACAUUGCUUGGAGUUGUGAUUAUAUUUUUCUAGAUAUAAUGAAACAAAAGAGAAAUCCUCUGUGAGGACAGAUCAAGAUAAUUAUUUUUAGUAUGUACUGUGUAUGUGUUAUCUGUUUUUCUCAGUUUUGUUGGAACGGGGGAUUUAUACGCAGCUGUCUGUGACCUCCCUGACUUCACUGAUGAUAUUUUUGUAAAGACUCCUGAUAUUUUCCUCUGUAUAUAUCUGUGGGGGGGUUCUUAAAGCUUGGGCAGAGUGUGUGCAGGUUAGCUGGGGGAAGUGUGGAACAGAUGUACAGUCUGAAUGCUUCUAGAGACCGUGCCUAAAGCGUAGCUGCGGCUGCCGUUUCAGAGUUGCCAUAUCAGUUGAGCUCUUGUUUCUGUGAAAACUGCCUUCAUCCAUCUGUGCCUAUAGAGAUCGCCUCUGCUGGAGGAGAAACAGGAAGUGCCCUUUGACCUGAGGCUCCUCCGCAGCUCACCAUUGGUCAGGUUGUCAUUCCUUCAGAUGCCAUCGAUUCUUAACCUCUUUAAUUUAUUCAUUAGUGUUCAUUUGACUUGAAAGUAAUACUAUUUGCAUUUUAUCAUGUACUUCGGCUUUGUACGACUAAUUUGUGAUAAAAUGUUUCCAGAGAUGAUUAAGAUUUAGUUGUAGCGCAAACUUUAACCAUCUCGUUUAUUUAUCAUUUGUUAAUGUUUCCAUUUAAACUGUCUAAAAAUGUUCUUUUGAUAAUCUAGUUGAGAACCGAUUAUAAUUGUGAAACUUGAUCAAACCUGUUAUAGAAACAACUGGAACUUUUUUCCUUUUUUUUUUUUUUUACUGGAACUUCUGCAGGCUGUUGGCUACAUCUCUAUGAAAACACCAGCAUUUAUUUUUUCCCUUAUUCUUUAUUUCAUUAAAAAAAAACUGUAAAACAUGCCACCGUCUUAAAAGAAGCUUAUCUUUUGUAUCAUAUUGUUUGCAAUAAAAAGAAAGAUAUUGAAAAUA